UGCUUGAUCCAAAACAUGGCGGCACCUCGUCCUCUGAAAAGACCACGCUUGGGGCAGCCUGAUGUCUAUCCACAAGACAGUAAACAGCGAGAGGACGAGCUCACCGAAGAAAAUGUCAAAAAGGGAUUUAGCUACCAACCGCUUCCAUUUAGCUCGGGGACGAAUGAGUAUGGAUCAGCAAAGGAUAUCAUGUCUAAUGUGCCGCUGUCAAAGUUUGCCCAAAGUUUCAAUGCCAUAUUAGUAGAAAAACAGAAACAGAAUACCUUCACAUCCCAAGAUGGAAGCAAGAGAAAAGCACAGCCAGUCAAAGAUAACUUUUUGCCAGUACACAUCACUGCUCGCUCUAGGCCAUUCAUCUCAUCAUGGUUUCAAGAUUUGGCAGGGAACAAACCGCUGACAGUUUUAGCAAAGAAGGUACCAAUUUUCAACAAGAAAGAAGAAAUCUUUAGCAGUCUGUGUGAUCACUCCAUUCCAAUGUUAAGGGCAGCCUGGUUCAUCAAGAUAUCAUCAGCUUACAACACUGGUAUCAAUGAGUCCAAAGGCAAAAAGAGAAUCAUGGCAGACCCAGCUCAAGAAUGGACUCAUGCUUUGACAAAAUUCUUGAAAGACCAGCUAAGCAAGAUUGCAGAUUUUUAUCAAAGCCACUUUGCGGGCAUAACUUCUUCCCAACACCAGCAGAGAAUGACGCCUGAAGUAGAACAAGCACUAAAACAGUGGAACUACACUGUGCGGCUUUCACACUGGCUUUAUGAGGAGAGUCUUCUUGACAGACAGGAAUUUCUUCAAUGGCUGUUAGAUUUGUUGGACAAAAGCAAGAAUGCAGAUGAUUUGUUGCUAAAAUACCUUAUUCCUCUUUUACUAAGGUAUGUUGACCAGAUAGUCAUGUCCCAAACCCUUGCAAGAGUUCUUGCCCAAGUGUGUUCCAAGAAGCUGUCAACAUUGUAUUCAGCUGCUGAGCAAAUGCAGUCUGAGCAACAGAAUCAAGGAACAAGCAGUUCAAACAAGACAAGUAGCACAUCUGUGCCCAGUCCUGUUCCAUCCAUUACCCCAGAGAGUUCAUCUCUGACUCCUGUGAAUCCUCAGUCUCUUCCUGUGCUGUCACAGUACAAGACAUGUCCACAGCAUCAUGCACUUGUCCUGUCACUGAGUUCAGUUCUCCAGACAAUAGCAAUCUGCUGCCCUGGUGCUCUGAUCUGGAACUCAAUUCCAUGUGGGGCCAGUAGCAGUAGCAUAACAAGCAGUGCAAGCAACUCGACUGUGGCUAACACAGACAUGGCUGCUAAUAAACCUGCUGUGUUGGGAUCCCCACUGGACAGGCUGUCUAUUCCACCAUCUUCAAUGCCUCUUCCAUCACCUGGAAAUACUCAGGCUUCCCUGAAUUCUGAGCUGUUAUCUGUGUUGCUUGCAAGUGAGGAAGAAAUCAAGACAAGAAGUAAGGCAGUUGAAUCUCACUGGUCUCCAGAUAAAUACCAAGACAAAUCUUCAGCCCUCUCUAUUUCAGUUUUAGCUGUGAAGAGAGUGCUCAACACUUUGGAAAUCCUUGACCGCUACAACUUCAACAGAGCAGAUUCAACAAGUUCCAUUGACUCACUUUACAGCAAGAUUUUUGCUGAUUCAAUUAAAACGGGAGGACAGGCAUCUGCUACUGAUGAGGCAAUAGCGCUUCUGUUGUUUGAAUGGGCCGUCAGUAAAUAUCGAGUGGGGAAAUUCCGUGCUUUAGCUGUAGCCAAAAUAUUGCAAAGAAGACAAACUGAGAUCCUGGAGGAGAGAGAAAGUUCUCAAGAACAAGGAGAGGAAGGAACUUCAUCAAACGCGGUGACUACUGCUGCGAGCACAGUGCCACCUUUCCAAAAGGUGUUGAUGAAUUUUCUGGACAAUUACGCUCCCGUAGUCGAUGGUGGUUACCAACACAACAAGACACAUCCAAGUUUUGCACAGUUGACCCUCCUGUUUGGAGAACUCAUCAGAAAUGAAGUGUUCUCGCACAACUCUUACAUGUGUACCCUCAUAUCAAGGGGGGACCUUCAACCCACCCCACCUGUUUCCAUCCCCUCUCCCCCAAGACCAGUCAUACAAAGCAUUGAACACCCCCCUGAAGCAGAUCCGAUGGGCAUUGAAGAGUGUGUACAAGAGGGUGAUGCUCAAGGGGGAAUAGACAUCCAUGGUCUGACCUGCCAAGAAGAUCUUGGCCGUAAGGACAGCAGCAGUGACAGUGAGUUGAAGAUGUCUCAGCACCUUCUGGAUCAGGAGCUGCUGGUACAUCAAAACAGACUCAUACAACUUCUUGACCAAGGCGAUAAUGAAAUUUUUGCAGAUCAGGAAACCCCGAUACUAACUGCUGACCUUUCAGCUGUCGCAAAUAACACAAAACUUGAGCCAGGCCUGGCAAAUCCGUCCUCUCUGACCGCUGACCAAAGAGACAACUCACUCAUGGAUUCAACUUGCACUCUUCCCAAAAAGUCGCAGCAUGCACAGUACGCCCAGCAUUUUCCCAUUCCUGCUGAGAAUGUCACAGCACACGAGAGUAACCAGCGGCUUAUCUUGUUGUACGGAGUGGGUAAGGCGAGAAGCCAGGCAAUAGCUACAACCAAAGAAGUGAUGAAGGCGCUCUGUGCCAUGCUGAAUGAUCUGGGGAAGGUGGACGAUUCUGGGCUCUGUACUGAUCAAGGGCAGAGCAAUGAAUAUUUGGUUUUGAAGCGAGAAAGAGAUGAAAAAAGAGCCGUGCUCUAUAGCAAAUUUUCAAACCUCACGUGCUUUGACCAGUACUUAGCCGUUGCGAAGUGCACCAACAUUCUUCGCGACCAGAAAGUCAAACAACCCAAGAUAUUUGGUUUAGUAAUGCCCACACCGACACUGAGCCAACUUGAAUUCCUGUACGACUUGUUCGAACUUUCUGGUGAUGUUCAUGGACUUCUCGACUUUGUGGCGUACCUGCUUAUGCCAAGUGAAGAAGAUAUAUCAACCACGCAAUUACCACAAGUUAAAACAGUCGUUGGGACAUUACCAACUAAGUCAGUUGUGGUAGUCGCGAUGCUUCGCAAAUAUCACGCCUGUCUAAUGUUGCUCCCCGAGCACACAACAAGGAUUUUCAGAGGGCUCCUUGCUGCCGUGGAGAACAUCGCUUACCCAGGUAUUUGCUCGUCGCCUGAAAGAUGCAUUCUGGGACUGCUUUUCGACCUUUACUCAUCUUGUGCCCACCUCAGGUCAAAGUAUGCGGAUAUUUUCAGCACUGCUUUCACUAAGAUCAAGCAAGCAGUGUGUUCGAGCACCACUCCAUCAGCUUGCACUGAACCGUACGAACCAAAGUUUAUGGCAGAGUACUUCCAGAACCCAAGGACCAAGAGGCUCGAUGGCAUCUGGGAUUAUCUUCUGAAUCACGAGAAACCAUGUGAUGUUUACAGCUUUGUGUGUAAUGCCAUGAUGAAUGUGUGCAACUGUCAGAAUAGCGAAAGAUUGUACGACAUCGGUGUUCUGUGUGCAGAGGUAACUGCCCAUCAUGACAAGCUCAGUUCACAAUGGCUUGGCGUUCUCAGAGCACUGUGUUGCUCUUCAAACAGCUCUUCGGGAUUUGUGGAUUUGCUUUUGGAAGUAGAUGUCGGGGAUUUAUCAAUUCAUGAGUCCGUCGCCACAUUUACAGCUUUACUAAUAGCCAGAAGUUGCUUUUCAUUGGAAGAUGUCAUCUAUCACGUGGCGUUACCCUCACUUCUUGCCGCCCUUCCGUCAGGUGUGGAGAACCAAGAAGCGGAGCCUGGUGCGAGGCUGACAUGUCACCUGUUAUUGAGGCUUCUUGACGAGUCCACUGACGUCAUGUCACAUGACCACUCGUCGGCGUUAAAGUUUCCCUUUAAAUCAUCUCACGACCAUCACCUACUGUCUGCUGCGCAUGACAGUAUCCGAAUUGGCCCUGUUCUAGCAGCUUUGAAGGCCAUGCUCAAGCUGUCGGAAGCCGGCAAAGCAGGAGACAGUGGUUCUACCAGCACUAGUGAUACCACUCGAGAUGAUUCCUUCCGAAGUUUAUUCUCCAAUAGAUUGGACGACUUCAUGGAUAGCACGUCUAGCACUGGGGACAUUUUUCCUCCUCCACUGGCCUCGAGCAGAUCAGCAAUGGAGACUUCGAACAUCAGUGUGUUCGCUGGUUUUGCGUUGCAAGUGAUUUGCCGUCAGGAAUGGGUGAGAGAGAGAUGCCUUCAAGAUCCACAAAUACUCUGCUCACCCGAGCAUUUACUUGAUCCAGCAAUAUCUCCCAACCAGGCGAGGAAAUUGCUGCAUUUGAUUUGUUAUCCUGCUGGUGUCCCAUCAUCCAUUGGUGGCCUUAUUGCUAAUAGUAAUGAUAUGGAGACGAUGCAUGAGGCUGCAAGUAGGAUACUACAGAACUUGGAUCAGUGGUCUUUGAGGAAAUCUUGGUUGGAGUUACAGCUUAUGAUCAAACAAGUUUCCAAAGAGGAAACCGGACCUCUACUAGAUGCAGUCGCUACAAGCGCCAUGAGCGUCUUCGUCCAGCGGCAUGACACCACUCCGCUAGCAACAGCCCAUAGCAACCAAAAGUCUGUGGUAGUAAAAGGACCAGAAUGGCUAGUUGCUCCUUUAAUCUCUAAAUUGUCUAACUCGGUACAAGGCCGACUCCUGAAGGCUGCUGGUGAAGUACUGGACACCAAACAAUGGUGGAAGGAACACUCGGCAAAGUCUUCUGUGCCAACUUUAGUUCACACGCAGCCUUUUCUAUCGCUAGUGCUCGCAUGUCUUAAGGGGCAAGAGGACCAGCGGGAAGGACUUCUGGCUUCCAUACAGCGGCAGUUGGCUCACUUACUGCAAUCCUCAGUUGAGGAGAGAUGCCCCACCGAUUUAAAGAACAAAGAAGUCCUCCAAGAGGCCUUGCACUUGAGGAUUAGCCUGCUUGGUGCCAUGUUUGACACGAUUCAACGCAGCAGUCAACUAUCUAGUGAUUGGGCUACACUUUUGUUCCAACUCGUCAGCUCCGGUACAAUCACUGCUGACUCACUGCCUUCGAAAAAGGAGUUAUUGACAAAUGUUCUGGAUAUGGUGUCAGUUCUGAUUAGUGUUGUUUCUAACACGGAGUCGCCACACGGACAGUCUGCUGAAGAAAGCCGGAAAGCAGCUUUUACACUCUUCAAGAAGCUCAAGCGGGAACUUGCUGGAAAAAGUCCCAUUGACAUCAUGCAGCAGUGUAAACAGCUCCUACCCCUCCCCUCCCUUUCACACAAUGUGUUCACUGUUUCACCUGUCAAAGACACACCCGCGAAUCCUGGGCAGACUGCAGACAAAGCUCUCACAGGAGGACCAAGCACCAGCCAGGGCUUGCAGAUAACAGGCAAACAACGAAUCAGUGCAUGGGAACUUAUGGAGGGGUACAAAAACCCCUCACCUCUGUCGUGGGCGUGGUUUGGUGCCGUUCGGAUUGAGCGUAAACCUCUGAGGUAUGAGCAAGAUUUUCGAAGACUUCUGCAUCACACACAUCCCAGAAGACGGCCGCUUAGUUACUUCCUUAGUCCUGCUCCUGACAAAGAGGACGAGCAAGACGAAGAGGAAGAUAGAAUAGAGUUAGAUGCAGCAGCAGCGGACAAGUCAAGUCAACCUGCUACUCCACAGACUCCAGCGGACAAUAAAGGUCAAAUACCUUUGAUAACUGCACCAGUAGCUCCAGGCCUGAACGUUCCAACAGCCCUUAACGUACCGCAAAGCCUCCCAGCGAACCAAAUGGCUUUGCCAGACGGAGGAAAAACGAAAAAGGUCACGAAGCGACCAAAACGCCCAACAACGAAACUGCCUGGUCAAGCGGCCGUGCAAAAGAAAUAUCUACUACACCAACAACAGCCACAACAACAGCAACAGCAGCAGCAGCAACAGCAACAGCAAUACUUUCAGAACCAACCGGCUGGGAUGAUGCUCCCCGGGCAGAACCCUCCCCAGCAGCAACAGCAGCAGCAGCAGCAGCAAGCGUUCUUCCAGCAGGGUCUACAGCAAAGGAACCUUCAGGUUCCGACUGGAAUGCAGCCACAGCAGCAGCAAAGGUUGGCUAAUCCAAAUCCGUUAACUGAUCUACGGUCUAUGUUGACGUCACACCCCUCCCAGAACCCAAUACCCCAUCAGGCACCGCGCCCAAAUGCGUCCGUAGCUACUCAACAGCUUAUCAAUCAACUUAUUUCAAGAAAACAGAAACAAACACAACAACAGCAGCAGCAACAACAACAACAACAACAACCACAACAUCAUCAACAACAACAUCAACAACAACAACUACAGCAGCAACAACAACAGCAACAGCAACAACAGCAAGCGUUGCAGUUUUUUACACAACAGAACUCGCUUCUCAAACAGCAACUUCAAAUGGGACAAACACAGAUUUCUCAGCAGCAGCAGCAGCAGCAACAACAACAGCCGCAAACAAACCAGCAGUUAAGACAUUUACCUCCCAACAAUCAGCUUCAGGCUUCGCAAGCAGUUGGUCAAAUCCACCCCAGUCAACAAUACACCUUCACUCAGCCCCAGCGUUCCACGGCCCUUGGUAGAACCCAGGUCACAACUCGGCCCAAUCUCGUUUCUACAUCCUCAGCUCCGACCACCAUGGCACUGCCUUCAUCUCUUGGUGGCAUGAUCACGCAACAACAGUCGUUUAACUCGGCUGCAUUUCAAGGUCUUACUGUAUCCCAGGCCCUCACGCGGCCAAUACAACCACAACAACAACAGCUCGUUCAGCAGCAGCAACAACAAAGACAACAACAACAAAUACAACAACAACAGCAGCAGGUCCAACAGCAAACUCAGUUUUCGUUGACUGGUCCGCGGGCUAUUCAGCCACAGCCACAGGCGCAGGCCACGAUGCAACUUCCGCUGCCUGUGUCAUCGGCGCACGCGCAAAUGAACCCAGUGGCGCAGAUGCAACCAGCGUUCCAAAACCAGUUCCAGCAAAGCUCUGUGAAUAGACAACAGCAGCAACAACACAACCAGAGGCUUUUAGCGGCUGCUAAGUUGAAACAACAACAACAACAAAUCAAGCAACAGCAACAGCAACAGCAACAGCAACACCAACAACAGCAGCAACAAAAUCGUGCCUCAACUGAGUUGAUAAUGAGACAUUUACAUAGACAGUUGUCAGCUGGCCCAGACAUAUCGAUGGCGUCCGCACAAUUUACACAAACCGCUGACCUUACUCUCCAGCGACAGAUAUCAGCACCACCUGAUGUAGGACAUCAGAGACAAGACAUUGCUCAGUUUACUCGUCAACUGUCGACUACAGCGCCACAGGACCUUACACAGCAGGCUCAGCAACAACAGUACACAGGAAAUCCUCAGUACCAAACACCACAGUUUUAAGGGAAUAUAACAGGAACAAAACACGGGUCUCCACUAACCUGGGUAAUAGAUCCCUAGGAGGAGAAGAUCCGCUAAAAUUAAGCCCUUCUAGCCUACGUGUAGCCGUACCCUCCCGCCCAAGAUGAAACGGAAGCGAGGUUGUAUCGCCUCCGUUUCACCUCAGCGGGAGGGGGGGUACGGCUACACAUGGGCUUGCCCUUCUCCCUUUAAAACUUUAAAACGCAGCUUGUUGGACCCCUCAACCCCUCCAUCCUCCCCUCCAUCAAGCAUAGACCCCUUCCCCCUUCCCCACCGUCCCUUCCGUCUCUAAGAGUUCAGCUCGUGGUAUGAUGUUUUAAAAAAUUUAAUGAGAAAAUGUCCUUGUAAAUAGCAAUUAUGAAGAAAAUAAAAUAGAGAGAAAUUCGUGUCAAACACGUUCACAAAA